AUGGAUUGCUUUGGGCCCUUUAACACCAAACAGGGCCGAAGUGUGCGAAAAAGAUAUGGCUUUCUUUUUACAUGCUUCUUCUCUAGAGCCAUUCACAUUGAAAUGAUAGAUGACAUGUCCACAGAUGCAUUUAUAAAUGGACUACGCUGUUUCAUUGCGUUACGUGGAUCAGUGCAGCAGCUCAGAUCAGAUCAAGGAAGCAAUUUCCUGGGAGCCAAAAACGAGCUGAAGAGAGCUUUAAAUGAGGUUGAUAGUGGCAGACUAGCUGCCUUUCUCUCUGAAAAUCAGUGUGACUUUGUUUUGAAUGCUCCAGCUUCAAGCCAUGUCAGUGGAGUGUGCGAGCGGCAGAUUAGGACGGUCAAAAGCAUUCUCAACUCGACGCUAUCGCUGUCUGCUGGAAGGCUGGAUGAUGCUUCUCUUAGAGUCUUCUUCUAUGAAGCAAUGGCAUUAGUUAAUAGUCGUCCCCUCACUAUUGACAAUCUGAAUGAUCCCAACAGUCUUGAUCCACCUACCCCUAACCAGCUACUCACCAUGAAGUCUACUCCAGCUCUACCUCCCCCUGGCAAGUUCAACAGAGAAGAUGUGUAUGCAAGGAAGAGGUGGAGGCAUGUGCAAUACCUGGCUGAACAGUUUUGGAGCCGCUGGAGAAAGGAGUAUGUAACUAACAUUGCAAUUAGACAGCGUUGGUUCAACCCAAAGAGAAACCUUCAAAUAGGGGAUGUGGUGAUGAUGAAGGAUGACGAUCUGCCCAGAAAUGAGUGGAGGUUGGGCAAAGUUCUAGAAACAGUGGUGGACAGAGACGGUUUGGUUCGAAGAGUUAAGAUCUGCUUAGGUGAUGGGAGGCUAGGCAGGGAAAGGUGA